AUAGGGGAAUGGGGGAAUGGGGGAAUGGGGAUUAAGCUGAGGGGUCUACCCCACCUUCUCUCUAUCCCCACCACCCGAACUGCCCCGCCAUCUUUUCUUCCUGUGACGUCUGUCCCGUACCCUUGUUUCACUUUCACGCAAACCGACUACGAGACAUCAGGGUCCUUUCGAGCUUGCAAACAAAACUACCCCUGAUUCGCGCGUGAAGAUACAUACCUACCUAGGUUACAUACAUAUAUACCUACAUACGUCCAACCCUUCCUUCACCUAAGUAUACAACCAUGGCGCCCAAGGCGAUAAUAGCGCCCUCGAUCCUGUCGGCCGACUUCGCCCAGCUAGGUGCCGACUGCGCGAGGACUAUGGACCAGGGCGCCGACUGGCUUCAUGUCGAUAUUAUGGACGGCCACUUCGUGCCGAAUAUCACGUUCGGCGCGCCGGUCGUGGCUAAGAUCCGGAAGCACGUCGAUAAGCCGACCGAGAACCACGGGCGCGGCACGUUCGACUGCCAUAUGAUGAUUGCCGAGCCCAAGAAAUGGGUCAAGGAGUUCCAAAAGGCAGGCUGCGAUCUAUACUGCUUCCACUACGAAGCCGCGUUCUCGAGCGCGGCCGAGAGCCCCGAGGCUAAGACAGACGAGAAGACGAGCCCGAAGGACCUGCUGAGGUAUAUACACGACUGCGGCUUGUUGGCCGGUAUUGCGUUGAAGCCUGCUACGGGCGUCGAGGUUUUGACGGAGCUGCUCGAGAGCGAGGAUCCGAAGGAGCGGCCUGAUAUGGUCCUCAUCAUGACGGUCGAGCCCGGCUUCGGCGGCCAGAAGUUCAUGGCGUCGGAACUGCCCAAGGUCCAGGCGCUGCGCAAGAAGUACCCGGACCUGAACAUCGAGGUCGACGGCGGCCUGGGCCCCGGCACCAUCGACCAGGCGGCGGACGCGGGCGCCAACGUUAUCGUUGCGGGGAGCGCUGUGUUUGGGGCGCAGGACCCGGCGGAGGUUAUCUCGUUGUUGAGGACGACUGUUAAUUCGAGGUCUGGGAAGCUGUGAGAUGGGCAUGGCGUGUGCGUGUGCGUGUACUUAGCGGCUUGAUAGUUGGGUGUAGGAUGUCGGAUAGGGAGCAGCAGGUAUAUAUUCUCAGAAAUGAACAUAAGUAUCGACUCAAUUAGUCCAAGUCUGCUUUGGGUACCUAAGUUAUUACGCAUCCAUCCGUUUGAAAUUAAAGUAUUGAUCUGCCUUGAAAUAUUUUUCUUAACAAGGGGCUAGGAUAUGGAUGGCUACCCGCAUGGAUGUCAAAGGUGGCCU